GCAACUGUUAAAAUGGAAGGUGGGAAACUGGUAGCCGAGUUCCCCAACUAUCAUCAUACAGCAGAGAUCUCUGGAGGAAAGCUGGUAGAGAUUUCCACUUCUUCUGGUGUGGUCUACAAAAGGACCAGCAAAAAGAUUGCUUAA